CAAACAUCACUUUGCAUUCUCAAAGAGGGUAUAAAAAGGGCAAGUAGGGGCGGGGUGAACAUUCCUUCAUUCUCAUUGGAGUAGGACUGUGACUGUGGAAAUGUCUGGACGUGGAAAAGGCGGCGCUGGCAAAGCUCGAUCCAAGGCCAAAUCUCGUUCGUCUCGGGCUGGACUGCAGUUCCCGGUCGGCCGGGUUCACAGACUCCUAAGAAAGGGGAACUAUGCUGAGCGGGUGGGUGCCGGAGCCCCGGUUUAUCUGGCUGCUGUGCUCGAGUAUCUGACGGCCGAAAUCCUCGAAUUGGCCGGCAACGCGGCCCGGGACAAUAAGAAGACCCGCAUCAUCCCCCGACACCUUCAGCUGGCUGUCCGCAACGACGAGGAGCUGAACAAGCUGCUGGGAGGGGUGACUAUCGCUCAGGGCGGUGUGUUACCCAACAUCCAGGCCGUCCUGUUGCCCAAGAAAACCGGCGCUGCCAGUAAGUGA